GUAGUCUGGCACUGUUCAAGACCGAACUUACGCGGAACGGAGCGAAGACGUCUCGUUUUUGAAUCUCGCGGUGGCCACGGGCAGACGUCGCAAAGUAAAUCGCCGGCGGUGCGCGAGGGAAUCCCGAGUCCGUGUCGUAGCCGGAUCGCCGUCGUCGUCGUCGCGGUAACUUCCCGUAUUUUUCUCUCUCUCCAGAGAAUUCCCCGGGAUACGUAACGUUAUCACAUGGGGAAGGCGGCCAGUGAGUGUCAGCGAUCAAUAGUGUCACGAAAAUGACUUGGUGACUCAUAUACCUGGAGUUUUGCGUGAACCAUGGUGUCCGGGGACAACGAGAGGCUGCUGCCUGAACCCGAGAGCUACGCCAAGUGUUUUUACGAUCUCUUCAAGAACGUCGCCGAGGCGCAGAGGAAUAAGGGAGAAUGGAGAAAAUGUAAAAAGAAUAAAAUUAUCCGCAAGCGAGAUAAGAAAAAGAUUGAGUUAAAUGGAGAAUUAAAUUACAAUAAGCCACCGGAAAUAGAAACAUCCUGUAAUGCCUCAGCAUUUGCUGUAUUUACUAGCGCAAGAAGUGCUAUUUUAGAAAAACAUGCAAAAUUGUCGAGCGAGAUUUAUAGAGCAUCAAAUUGUACUUCUCCACCACCAGACCUUAGUGAUACUAUAGAUACCGAAAGUGAUGAUGAAGAUAGAAUAUCAACUAUACAAAAUUUACCAAAGAUUGUAGGUAUUGGUUUAAGAAGUGUUUUUACAUUGAUGCGAGAGAGCAGAACAAUCGAUCCAGUCUUGUGUACAAAAGCACUCUCGGCAUUACUGGAUGUUUUACAAGGACAACUACCAGAAGGCCUCAAAUCUGAACCAGAUGACGUUAUUGAUCCACUAUUUGAUCUGUUACUGGAUCUUGCAACGUCUCAUGGUCCUGAAUCAGCCGCUGCUAAUGAUGGCAGUCACUUGACAGCUGUUGCUUGUGCUUGUUUAUUGAGUCUUGUUGUAGUCAGAGGAGAUACUGGGCGACUUUUGGCAGCAAUAGCAGCUUUGCUUAUGUCUCCUAGAGCAUUAGCGAUACAAAAUAUUCAGAUGCCAUGUGUGUUAACGUCUCUGCAAAGAAGUGUUCACGCCGUUUUGUUGGGCAAACUCGUGAGACCAGAUUGGAUUACAUAUGGCGUUCCUAAGUGUUCCAAGAUAUAUACCUCUAUGCUUAAGUUACCAAAUGAGAUUAUCAAUAUGGUAUUGAAUGAACGUAGUUUUGUGAGUGAUGGAAAAUAUUUGUAUCUACAUACAUCACGUGGUUUAUUGAAAAUUGGAAGUGGCCACGGUGGUACAAUAUGGGGUCAUAUAUACAUACAUAAAGCAGAUUUUUAUCCGACAGAAAUAGGAUGGCUUGGUUACGCUAAUAAUUCAUUAUAUUUUAAAUGUGCACCAAGAAAACAAAGUGAGUUAUUAAUUAUUGAUGCAGAAACGCUUAUAGUAACUGGAAUUGCUGUGCUGGAAGGAAAAGAUUGGUCAUCCUCUGUAAUGUUCUCCGAUGGUGAAAAUUUAGGAAUGAUAACAGCUGGCAAAGAUGAAGGUUUCGUGGUACGUACAAUAAAUACGCUGAGUAAUCCUGUGACAGUCGCUUCUGAAUUACCUCUGAAAUUGGCAAGAAAAUGCGUUGAUAUAUUUGGAUAUGCUAUAUUUGAUGAAGAACAAGCAACACACACUUUGAAUCCAGGAUGCGAUGAUGAAAUUGCAAUGGUUACAGCAGGAAAGGAAUUUGGCUUACUUAAAACAUUAUCUGGAAAAUUAUUAUAUAGCGGAAAAGGAAGUUGCCUAGGCAUGAAGACCAAUACAAGGCCUAAUAGGUGGUUGGAACUUACCUUUGGUAAAGGUCCAAGAAUUACACAUUUUGCAGCAGGUCAUGAUGGUCAACAUGUCGUUAUAGUCAUGGAGGAUGGUUCUGUGCUGUUUGCGGGUACUGCUAGACGUGGAGAAGAUGGAGACAGUAAUAAAGUUCGUAGACAACCAAAACCAGUAAAACCAAAGAAAAUGGCAAAAGUGGAAGGUCAGUUUAUUGUGGACGCUGCUUGUAAUAACGGAUCUACUGCUUUAGUUACGAAAGAUGGCUCUCUACUAAUGUUUGGUAAAGAUACACUACACAGCGAUCCAGUGACAGGCUUAGUUACCGAUUUAAAGGACGUAUCUAUAGUUCGUGUAUCGUUAGGAAAAGCUCAUGCUGCUGCAUUAACUAACAAAGGACAUCUAUAUACGUUUGGUAUUAAUAAUAAGGGACAGUGUGGCCGUGAUUCUACAACAGUGCAUACAGUGAAUAAAGAAGUGACAGUAGUUGCGAUGGAAAUGGGUACAGGGGAAGAUGAAUUGAUAAUAGCCGAAGAAGAAAGUGUCGAUCCUGUGGAAGAUUGGGAGGAAACGAGAGGGAUGUGUCCUCCUGGGCAACAUCAGUGGAGACAUCGUGUUUGUAUGGUCUGCACGAUUUGUAGAGAAUGUACCGGUUAUAGUAUAUCAUGUCUGAGUAGUAUACGUCCCGAUCGGAAUCCUGGUCAAGAAUGCGGAUGUGGCGAAGGAGACAGUGGAUGUGCGGAAUGUGGAUGCUGUCGAACUUGCGCAAGGAAGAGCUGCAGCAACGGCAUAUCGGGUUCCAACUUCCGAGAAUAUCUGCAGAGACGAUUGGGUGAGAUAAAACAACGGCAAAGAAGUAAAGCAGGACCGAGUACUGUCAAGUAUGGAGUAAAAAUGAAAGGAUCGAAUAAUCAGCGCGUAGCCGGUCCCAGUGUCAUACAAAAGGGAUUUCCAGAAAAAGUAGCAUUGGGAUUGGGAGUUAAUCUCACGGCUCUCGAGGAAGGCGUCGGCGGUAGUGAUGUGGAACGAGGCGAUGCUGCAAGAAUUGCUAGCAUACCACCGGCUAGAGUUCCUAUUCCUAGCGAAAGUUCUGUGAUUCAAGUGUCCUGUGGUUUGCAUCAUACGGUGUUACUUCUGCAAAAUGGAGAAGUAUAUACGUUUGGUAGUAACAUAUAUGGUCAGUUGGGCGUUGGCGAUUUGGUGGCACAUGCAGGACCGAUUCAAGUUAAAUUACCAACUAUUGCCACUCAAGUGGCUGCUGGGAGCAAUCAUACCGUUAUACUUACAUCAAAAGGUGAAGUUUACACGUUUGGUGCAUACCAAAAAGGACAGCUCGGCAUGAAUUGGUGGAAUGGUCAAAAUGAGUCUACGAAUGCUACCUCUCAGAUAAAUCGUCGUACCGAUCGCUCUCAGCCGUGGCAUAGUUUUCCGAAUGUAGUGCCGAAUAUUGGUCCUCGAUGGGGUAGACGAGCAACGUGGAUUGGUGCUGCUGGCGAUCAAACUUAUGUUAAAAUAGACGAGAUAAAUUCGAUUAGUUUGACAAGGAGUACUGUUAUGGCAAAUAAAAAUUGUAUUAUCUUGAUACCUCAUCAGAAUGAGCAUGCAAAUUCUUUCAAGAGUCUGGUAAUAAGCAAACGCGAUGGAACGUGCAACAGUUACAGCGGUGUGGAUCAAGUUGAUUUUAAUAAUUGCACAGCAUGCUUGGAUCCUUUAUACAACGUUAUUUGGACCUUCAAUUCAAUAAAUAACGAGAUUAGUUUAUAUAACAUAAUAUCAACGGAAGUUAGGACAAUACCUGGUUUGGAGGCUUCCAUACUCAAUCCAGGUUUGGCGCUUCCAGUUGUUUCGACUUGUUUUGUAACGCGUUCUCAAGCCGCAAUGCAUUUAUUAGCUUGUUUGGAUACAUUAACUCAAGCUCAAGAUGAAAAUUUAUCGAUAGUUGAAGAAAGCGAAUGUAAUCAAUCGAUGCAUGGCAAAGUUUAUAGCCGCGAAGAUUACGUCACCGUUAGCAGAUUUGAAAGUCAUGGAGGAGGAUGGGGUUAUUCCGCUCAUUCGAUUGAAGCAAUUCGAUUUAUGCCUGACACGGACAUUAUAUUGGGAGGCUACGGUUUGUUUGGCGGUCGAGGUGAAUAUACUGCAAAAAUCAAACUGUUUGAUAUCGGAAUUGAUGGUGGCGAUCAAGAGAACGAUGGCGAGCUUCUUGCAGAGACAGAAGAGAUUCCGUAUGAAUGUGGUCCAAGACAGAAAUAUUCGAUAUUAUUUGACGAACCUAUAUCUUUGCAAGCAAACAGGUGGUACGUGGCAUGGGCUAAAGUCGGUGGACCUUCCAGCGAUUGCGGUUCUGGUGGACAAGGUAUGGUUACAGCGGAAGAUCAAGUUAUGUUUUAUUUCAAGUCUUCUAAAAGAUCUAACAACGGCACCGACGUUAACGCCGGACAGAUUCCACAAUUACUGUAUCGCGUUGUGACACCUGAAAAUCAGACAUCAAACAGGCAGAGAGACCAAGUUGAACCUGUCUACGUUUUGAAGAGAGAAUUCAGUAGGACCGUUACAAAGGAAUGCUUCCAAUCCUUGAUAUCUCUCCUUCAGUGGAGUUGGAACACAUUGAAAGCGACAUUGGCCGAUGUGGCAGUUCAUAUUGCAUCAUCGACUCACACUAUGCUCGAAAUGGAACGAUUAGUGUACAUAAGUAAAGCCAGCUUAAGACUGCUUAGAACAUAUACUAAUGAAAUUUAUCCCAACCACGUCAAUAAAAAAACCCCUCCAGAGUCAGUGCGUUUGGCGGAAUGCAUAGGCGAAGUGCGAGCAUUAUUACGCCAAAUUUUGUCGGAUUCUUUACCGAUUACUUUGAAAAGUAAAGGAAAGACACGAUCUAACAAAAGUUCUAGUAGCACUUUGGGAAAUAAGAUGACAAACAGCAUACUGGACGAAUGUCACAAAACGUUUGUAGCUUGUUACCACGCGUUUUAUCCUACUGCAUAUCUUAAGUGGACUUCCCUAUGCGAGUUGUUAUCAGAUAUCGAUAAAGAACAAGGUACAACUACAAAAGAUCGUCUCCUUUCGGCUGUGUUAGCUUCUUUGUGCCAUUCGGCGAUACGACUUAGAUGUACGUUUCCAAUUCUGAGCAACAUUAUGGAUAACAGCGACAGCGUGAAGCGGCAACUCAGCCCAUCUGACAAUGCCGGUCUGCUUAUGAUGAAUUCGACAGAAAGUCAUCAGUAUCCAAUUUUAGUUGAGCAAAUUAGUUACAAAUCUCAAGUAGAGAGCUCCGGUAAGGAGGUCUUGAAUUGGUCGUUCCGUGAAGUACUCGAUAGACUGUUGGAUCUGAUACUGAUACCAGUAAAAAAAAAUCUUUGUAGAGAAAAAACUCAGUCUUUACCAGAAUUGGUUCUUCAUUGCUGUUAUUUAUUAGCGCGAGUUAUCGCUGAAUUGGCGGCACAAUCGAGCGGAAAUGAGGACGAACUGCAAGCAGCUUGUGGCAGACUCAUGUAUACGACGCCUUCAAGAUUUACAAGAACAAAUCAGUCAAGAUCGUGGAAUACCGGUAAUGGUUCUCCAGAUGCUAUUUGCUUUUCCGUCGAUAGACCAGGCAUUCUUAUAGCCGGUGUUGGUAUCUAUGGAGGAGCAGGAGUAUAUGAUUAUGAAUUGGAAUUAUUAGAUGAUCAAAAUAACACUGGUAAUGAUCCAUCACACACUCAGCGUUGGAGUAGCUUAGAUUUUACAAGAGGAUCCUUCGGACCGGAUGACUGUACUAAUGAUACAGUAGAAUUGAAAUUUGACAAACCAGUGCUUAUAAAAGAGAAUGUUAAAUAUGCUAUUAGAUUACGAAAUCGCGGAGGACGAACUAGUAACGGUGACGGCGGCCUAAGCGUUGUCAAGGGAGCCGAUGGCACAACGUUUACCUUUACGGCUUGUUCUCUAAGUUUUAACGGCACAACACAAACGAGAGGUCAAAUACCGCAUAUUUUAUAUUAUUCAAAUCCGCAAGAUUCCGACGGACAACACACGAAUAAAGCCAUGGCGGAAGUACAAGCGAGAAAAUGUACUCUCGCCAUGACCGCAACGAUCAUUCAACGGUCGAAUGAAAUUUUUUCUCUAGCAAGAGAAAGAGCAGAAGAAGUAAUAGCUAAUGAAGUUCUUGGUAAUGCGACUUUUGUAACGACUCUCUUGCCACUAGUAAUGGCACACAUUAGUCCCUUAGCUACAUCAGAUCCUAGAAGCAGCGUACAAAUUCUUACUUUAAUACAAGAGAUGCUGCCCCAUGUUGCAGCUUUAAAUUUACUGUCCACGAUGGGAACUUCUCAAAUAUCCCAAGAUAGUGAAACUCAAUCACACUUUGCUCCUCCAAUUACCACUAGUAAUCAUUAUACUUGGCUAGAAAGCGACCAUCCUUAUAAACCGGCGACAGUAUCAUCUUACAAAGUCACUUUUCCGGAAACAGUAAAGUGGUUAACUGUCGAAUUUACUUCAGAAUGUGGAACUUCACAACCGGAAGAUUAUCUACAGCUUUAUAUACCAAAUAUAAUUCCCAAUUCCUCCGCAGGGACAAUUUCAAAUAUUACGGGCGAAGAUGUUCCUCUGUAUUGGCCAGUAUUACAUAAGUUAAGUAAUGUUCAAAGUCAGUGGCCACAAAAUGCUGUCGUGUUGCCAGGAAAUGAAGUAAUAUUUUCCUUGGAAACUGCAUCUGAUUAUAUGAAGAAUGAAAGUUCAAUCACAUAUGGCUUUAAAUGUUUAGUUAUUGGUUACGAUUGGAUAACAUCCGGCCAUGGUUUAAAAAAUUUAGAAAUUGAAUUGUCCUUCCUUGGAGGAGCAUGCGCUGCUAGUCUCAUGAAGAAGAAUUUAUCAUUGCCUCCAGUAUCCUCGGAGGAGGUUGAAGAGGACUUGGAGUCGAUGCAGGAAACAGCAAAGAGGAUUUUCUCUGUACAUUCGGUAUUACUAGGACGAGGAUUUGCACUCGCGUCGCCACCUACAGUUUCACAGGCUCUCGACGGUGUACUUCCAUACAGGUAAGAGACACAUAGUGGCGACUCUCGCCCCGAGAGCUUGCACUUUCUUCCGCGGUGAGUGUAUAACUUUGGAGAAUGUAUAUACGUUUCGCGCGCGACCGAGCGCCUGCGGUUCCCUCGAAUCGGCGAAUCGCGCCGGUGUAUAUAUCAUGCCCGUUGUAUCGAUCAUCGGAAAGUAGUUUGAUUCCGAGUGCAUCAACGCAAACGUCAUUAUUUCGAAUUUGGUAUACGCGAAUCGGGUUUGAAUGAAUUUCGUGGCUUUCGCCGCCCGGGAAAAUUCAUGCUGCGGCGAGGAUAUUGCGUUAUAGAACGACCGUGCGCGCGUAUGCGGAAACAGCUAAAAAAGUAUAUAAUGCGUGGCGGUUGAAGAAAAAUAAACAAGCGCCAGAAAAAACUUGCGUAGCUUGCGCCAUGCAUAAAACAUUGCUAAUUACUUUCUGCAAAAUUAAUUAUCGUUCGUGGCGUAUUUUCCCUCGGGAUGGUAAAACGGGAGAGGGGGGGGGGAUAGAAGAGCUAAGAAAGCGAGAAGAGUAUUCAGUGGAAAUCUAGAGACGGCGGUAAAGAAAUGUUACGCCCUUUCGUUGUUUAUCGUCGGUGUGUACGGUAGCUAUAUUUUUCUGUCUCUCGCGACAACCUUUCUACCUUCCAGCCGCAACCCAUAAUUUCAUUCUCCGCGCUAGUUUGCUGUUUUCAUGGCCGGGCGCAUUAAUUUGCAUAUUGCGCCUUUGUACGUCUUCAUAAUUGUUUGACAUAAGCGCGCAUGCCCCAGAAUUAAUAUUCGGUUUCAAUAAUACGCGCGCCAGACGAAGCUGCUAAUUGGCAUUCGUGGCGUUUUUUUAAUGCGAAGAUUUAGGUCACGGUUUUUUUUUCUCCUCGAGUUACAACGUGGAAAUAUUUUCCGUCAUUAUUUUUAGCCACCGCGCACGAUAUUUCUCUUUACCUUCUAGCUUUUUUACAAUCUCCUUUUACUUCAACUCCACUCAUUUUCCAUCGUUGUUUCUACGGAAAGCUUUUCGAACAUCUUACUAAACUAAAAGAAUUCUCGUGAGAAUCCACGUAAGAACGCACGGUUAAACGUACAUCUACAGAAUAUCAACUGACAUCUUUUCAUCGUCGUGCAAUUAACGAUUAAAAGUAACGAGUUCUUGACGAAUUAAGCUUUAAGCUUUAAGAAGGAGAAACGAAAUUGAUGAAAUUGUAUUCUCUGUUUAGUUAAUUUCAAAAGCUUCGUUCAAAGACCGAGGGCUUUAUUUUGAUGGAAUUUUAAUCUGAAGCUUAUGUGAGAAGCAAGAUAAAUUAUAAUGUUACUUUAAUAUUAAAAAAUGGGAAAUAUCUGAUAAAUAAUGACCGAUGUUUCUACCGAACAAAAUUCGUCUUUAAAUUUACAGAAACCGUAGCGGUAUUAAGAAGGUAUUCUAUUAUUUAGGAGUGUUAUAUUUUUACGUGUUGUGCGUCAUAAAUCGCGAUUCAAUUAAACAAGUUUUAGGAUUAUCUCUCGCCUGUACGAACAUUUUCUCUUUCACACGUUAUCUUUUUCUCUCUAGUGUAUUUUUGUAAUCCGUAUUUUGAAUUUCAAAUAUCUCAUUUUGAUAAUGUCAAAACAAUUCAAAGUUUUUUGUUUUGAUCGUAUCGAUAUAAUCUGUCGAUUCUUUUAACGAUGAUUAUAAGCUAUAUUAAAUUGAUCGGAUUCGCUUUUAUUAUAACAUUAAUAAUGUAUUACGUAAAUGUAACAGUACCGUUCUUUGCAAGAGAGAGGCAGAGUGUCAAUUAAUAUUGGCGGGGUGCAGGUGUGCCAGAUGUAUGCUAAUACCGUUGAAAAUCAUAUCCGCACUACGCCAGGAUUGUGAUUACUGGAAAAUGUAAAUUACGACGAGCUGGAUGCGAGCGCGAUGCGGAUUGUCUGACUAAUAUUUACGCGCUUGCGCCCGUCGCGUAAUUUAUUAUCGCGACCGCACGUUGCUCUUAUAAAUUAGAGAGUUUGCCGAUAUAUUCGUGCAAGCAUCGUUAAUCAUGUUCUUCCCGAUUUCUCUGUCGGUUACAUUUAAUUCCUGACGAAGAGGUAAUGGAUCGUGAAUAUAUGCAAAAUUAAGUAUCUCUCGAGAUAUAUAUCAGUAGAGAUAUUUAAGCAUUUAUUUACGUUUGUGAUAGAGCCACAGCGAGAAAUUUUGUGCAAUAAAAUUACAAAAAAAAAAUACGAAAUAUAAAAAUGAUACAUACAAUUUAACGUUUGUUAACACCAGACGAAUAAAAUUCCACAGUGGAUGUUAAUAAUUUUAUGAUAACGCAUUGUUCGCGUCGGUAUUGGUUUUUUAAUAAUUCUCUGAUGUCCAUUAAAUUAAUAGGUCAUCAUUUUGAAUGAUUUUAUAUUAUCUAUUAAUUUUAUCGUUUGGGGAAAUUGCCGCGCACUCGACAGCCUGCAUUAUUUCGCUCCAUAAUAAUAAUAACACAAUGGUAGCAGUAAUAAUGAUAAAACGCCCAACCGCAACGAUUCCUGCUUGCGACUUUCAAUCGAAUGGUCCCACCGCGACUAAAAUCGCAGCCCUGCUAUCCGCUGCACCAUUUCGAGUACGAUCGCAUAAAUUAUCGUUGCUCAUUUAUGACGAGACUGAUUUCGUAUAGCGUUCAGAUUUGCUGCAGAUCUGUAUAAAUUACCUCGAUUAUUUACGGCGACGUUUAACUUAUCGAAACACGUUGACUUAAACGUCGCUCAUUCGCUGCUAUGCUGCUUGGCUCGCGGUCUCGGCCCGUUUGUUCCACUCAAGGUACUCGAGGUGCUCGAGGUGCCCAGGUUAUCAGACCGGGAUAUCUUAGCCGGGUGCGCGCGAAAGGGCGAAGAGCGAGUUUUGCCGGGGGUGAGGGAGAAAGAUGGGAAGAGGGGGUGGGUGGUGGCUGGCCGCAGGGUGUUAUUUGCGUUAUUUAUACGUCCCACGAGCAUCGCCGUGUUUAUAAUCGGGCGUACCCGCUCCCGACAGCCGUGAUUACACAUCGUUAUCCUAGUUAACCCGCAGGAAAUGACGGGCCUCGAGUGCCCACGGGCCAAGAGGGAGGGAAGGAGCGAGAGAGCGAGUUAUACUCCCGGACGGUAUUUCCGGUCUUAUCUGGGAAGGAGUUUGCACUCGGAUUUUCUCGAUCCUUCUAUCUACGUUGUCGACACGGCAGUCCGAUGACAAUCGUCGUUAACGAUUACGUUACGUGCGCCAGGUGGUCGAGAUUCUGUUAUUCUACGCGAAUACGUCAAGCGUAAUAUGUUGCGAGUUUGGCGAUUCGUUCGCCAACGGGUGCACAAGUUCGUGGCGAUUUUGCUUGAACGAUUCUCAAAUUCCGCCCGUACAUAUACGCGGAAAAGAGGGAUUGUUUCAUCGUUUUUGCACGGCGAUGUUUGCUCCGAAUAUCUCUAAUUAUUGCUCCGCUUUGACGAUUACUCCGGUGCGGCCCGAUAAUAAUAACCGCUUGGUCUGUUUAUUCGCAUGAUUAUUGCAUUUGCCGAGAAAAAAAGAGAAUAGCUUAAUAACGUGUGCGCAAUUAUACCGAGCGUCCACGGCAAGUUGCGACUCGGUGCCCGCUCGAAUAUUUAUAUUCGCAAUUUCCUUUAAUUGUUUUUCGUCUUUCCACGUGUAGCAACGAUUUUCUGCAUCUGUUACUGCGCCUGCCCGUUUCGCACAAUGCAAACAGAGUGUUUGCACUGUGCGAAACGUUAUGCUUACGACGUAGUUGAGAUUUAUAAUUAGGUUUUUUAUCUUGCAAUAUGCCUUGUUCUAUAUAUAAUUCACAAUUAAUUAAUAUAAAAAUUAAAUUUAUGUAUAUACACAAAUAUUACUUUUAAUAGUAGUUUUUAUUAAAACUUUUUAUUAAAACAUCUUGUUUAUAAUUACAGAACGAAAACUCUCUGUAUUGUGAAACCAUUAUGGCCAGGGAUACUACUAAAAACAUAAUAUAUCUUAUUAAUAUACAAGAAAGUUAAUAUUCUGUUUCUUUAUUUAAUGUUUAAUUUUUGAUUGGUAUUUUUUGACUUUCUCUAAUUAGUUGAAGUUUUUUGACAAGUAAAAGUUAAAAUAAUGACCCUUGUAAAUAAACACAGUUUUAUUCUUUAAUGAAUAGCUGUAUAUGUAAUUUUUUCCACAAGUAUGUUAAUAAAUGUUUAAUUAAACAUGUUAUUUAGCAUUUUUCAAAAAUAUUUACGAAAAA